CCCUACCUGAUCUCACCAACUACAAUACAGCCCUACCUGUUCUCACCAACCACAAUACAACUCUACCCGAUCUCACCAAAUACAAUACAGCCCUACCCGAUCUCACCUACUACAAUACAGCCCUACCCGAUCUCACCAACCACAAUACAGCCCUACCUGAUCUCACCAACUACAAUACAGCCCUACCCGAUCUCACCAACUACAAUACAGCCCUACCCGAUCUCACCAACCACAAUACAGCUCUACCUGAUCUCACCAACUAUAACACAGCCCUACCCGAUCUCACCAACUACAAUACAGCCCUACCCAAUCUCACCAAAUACAAUACAGCCGUACCCGUUCUCACCAACUACAAUACAGCCCUACCUGAUCUCACCAACUACAAUACAGCCCUACCCGAUCUCACCAAAUACAAUACAGCCCUACCCGAUCUCACCAAAUGCAAUACAGCCCUACCUGAUCUCACCAACUACAAUACAGCCCUACCCAAUCUCACCAACUACAAUACAGCCCUACCUGAUCUCACCAACUACAAUACAGCCCUACCCGAUCUCACCAAAUACAAUACAGCCCUACCCGAUCUCACCAAAUACAAUACAGCCCUACCCGAUCUCACCAACUACAAUACAGCCCUACCUGAUCUCACCAACUACAAUACAGCCCUACCUGAUCUCACCAAAUACAAUACAGCCCUACCCGAUCUCACCAACUACAAUACAGCCCUACCCAAUCUCACCAACUACAAUACAGCCCUACCCGAUCUCACCAACUACAAUACAGCCCUACCUGAUCUCACCAACUACAAUACAGCCCUACCUGAUCUCACCAACUACAAUACAGCCCUACCCGAUCUCACCAACUACAAUACAGCCCUACCCGAUCUCACCAAAUACAAUACAGCCCUACCUGAUCUCCCCAAAUACAAUACAGCCCCAUCUGUUCUCACCAUCCA